AUGGCUGAUGCCGAGAUCCCGUUGUUGGACGAAGAGAAAAGCUUCUCCGGGGUUUUACGAUCGUUUGCAACAGCGCUGCCAAUUGCCGUCAUCUUCCCGUUCUUGUACUUCAUGGUCAGUAUCGAUCUCUCAGUUUCUUGCUACUUCUGUCGGCUUGAGAAAGUUUCCUCUUUGCAGGUUCAGGACUUUCAUGUGACCAAGUCGGAUGCUGAUAUCGGAUACUUUGCUGGAUGGAUCGGUUCGUGCUGUAAACUUCCCGAUCCAUUUUUGCUCAUUGAUUUCUCUUCCAGCAUUGUCUUCAACACAUUGUUUGGGCUGAGUAAAAGUUUCUGGAUGGCUCUGACGACCCGUUUCCUGCUGGGAACUUUCAAUGGGCUGCUUGGAACGAUGACGGUCGGAUCAAUGUGGGGAGUUGGACUUAUACUCGGUCCCGCAUUGGGGGGCUACUUGUCACAGGUGAGGAACAUUUUCCAGAUGAAACUGAGAGGGGCUAAGAGGAAGUUGCAGCUACCCAUAUUUCCUCCAAGCUCUGGUUAUUACCAUCUAUGCGGUGAUGGAGUCCCUGCUGAAAAACUUUCCAUUGAUAUCUUCCAUUUUAGUGUACUGCAUCUGGGCGUUCCACGACAUUGCGUUUUCGGAGACAUUCUCCCUGUGGGCAGUGAGUCCCAAACGCACGGGUGGUCUCGGCUGGACGAGUACAGACGUUGGACAAGCGCUCGCUCUCUCGGGUCUAGCGCUGCUGUUCUUUCAGCUUGUUAUAUUUCCAUCACUUACCAGGUUAUUUGGUCCCAUUCUCCUAACGCGCGCCGUAACCGCAUUGUCAAUACCACUACUGGUCUUGCUGCCGUCUCUAACAAGCCUCGAAGAUACGUGGCUGCGAGUUGUUGUGACUGUAAUAGCCAUACUCAAGUGCUGCCUUGGCUCGGCGGCCUCAACCGCGGCCUUCCUCCUAGUCAACAAUUCCGUUGUGAAAGCACAGCGAGGAGCUGCGAAUGGUCUUUCCCUGAGCGUCGUUUCCCUCUUCAGAGCAUUGGGACCAGCGGUCGGAGGCUCAGUUUUUGCGUUUGCGCAAACUCGCCCCCAUGCAUCAAUACUUCCUGGCGACCAGCUUUUGUUCUUCUUCCUGGGCGCAACCGCCUUCAUCUCAGUCCUCUCAACCUUUCCACCAUUUUUGCCACAAUCGACCAACAAGCCAAUCAUAGAAGACGAUUUUUGAUCGAGGAUAUCAACGAUAUAGUCAGUGUAUAUUAGAGUAUAGAAGAUGAUUUUUUAUCUCUCAGCUACCUUGGAUCUAGUCAGAGUAUAUAUAUAUACUAUGUGGGGUUAGCACAUGGUUUCCAAAGGA